AUGGAGAUCGGUGACUUGCCGAUCGUCACAAAGUGCUACCUUGCGUACGUGCACCUGAAUCUACCGACGGGACUGGUCGCCCCUGUCUUCGCUGCUCUGUGCCCGUCUCCCACGUCAUCGCUCACUUCGGUCUGACCACCCACGUUUGGUGCGACACGCCUACAGCUCGGCCGUCGCGCUCAGUGUGGCCGUCGUACGUCCGGCUCAUUCCUCGUUCGCACUCGCGCUCACUCGACACUGAUGAUCACAUCUGUGUGCGCCUCGCUCCCAACCCCAACCCCACCCCCGGCCUCUGCACAGCAAUGCAACGUCGUCACGCCCCUGCAGCUCUACUUCACCUAUCGCUCCGCGUUUGAGCAUGGCCAGGUCCGUGAUGCUUUUCAUCAAUGACGAGGCCUGGCUCGUUGAUGCUGACCGCUCAUUCCUGCAUCGCUUCUGGGUUCUGACCGCGUCUCGUCCCGUCCGUCCCGCACCGACCCCCACACCCCGUAUCGGCGGCCUGCAGCUGUGGAGGAUCGCCACGUGUUUCAUGUACUGGGGCCCACUCGGGCUCGACUUUUUCUUCCACAUAUUCUUCUUGUGCGUCACUGCGUCCCGGGAGCAUCACUUGCACGACGACGUGCCACCCACUACCACGCAGCCACUGCCGGUCAAGACUGACCCCUUUGCAACGUGCUCUCGACAGCAUGCGGUACAGCAAAAUGCUCGAGGAAUCAACCUUCCAUGGGCGGAGAGCCGACUACAUCUGGCUACUGACUGUGUCUUGCACAUUGCUUCUCGUCAGUACCUUGCAAGCACCGACAACUUUCCUGACUGUUUCGGCACUGACUCCUCUCGCUCUCUCUCUCUCUCUUUCUCUCGUGUACACCGCUCGGGCACGGCCCACAGAUCCUCUCUCCCCUAUCACCUUCCCCAUUCCUCUCGUCACCGCUAUCCUUCACCGUACGUCCCAAGAACCUACCAUGAUCACCUUGGAGGAGAUACUACAGCGACCUAACGCGUCGAGCCUUUUCUCACCCGCAGCUCGUCUACCUCUGGUCACGCCUCAACCCGACCGUGCGCCUCUCCCUCUUCGGCAUCAUCACCAUCACGGCCCCUUACCUCCCUUACGCCCUCUGUCUCUUUUCCUGGGCUCUUGCCGGUGGUGGAACGGGAUGGGGCAUGGGCGCCAUCAUGGGGGAUGCAUUGGGUCUCCUAACGGGCCAUUGGUGGUAGGUUCUUGUUUCUGUUCUGGGCUGCAAGCACGAGUCAGUUCAGCUGAAGGGAAGCACACUCCGACAGGUACUUUUGGACCGAGGUGUGGAAGCGCGAACGAGCGAGCGGAUCGAGGAAUUGGUUGGAGACGCCGAGGAUCCUGUCAGUGUUAUUUCCUCAAAAGUUGGAAGGGCUGAUGGAGGCCCCCUCGUCUACCUUCUGCCAGCGUCAGCUCACAUCAUUCUCCCUCCUUCUCGCAGUGUCAAGCUCUUUGA